UUCUCUCUCUCUUUUCUUCCCCCAAAUUAUUCUUCGCCUGAUUUUUCUCGUGGAGCCCUGCGCUCCCGACACCCCCGCCCGCCUCCCCUCCUCCUCUCCCCCCGCCCGCGGGCCCCCCAAAGUCCCGGCCGGGCCGAGGGUCGGCGGCCGCCGGCGGGCCGGGCCCGCGCACAGCGCCCGCAUGUACAACAUGAUGGAGACGGAGCUGAAGCCGCCGGGCCCGCAGCAAACUUCGGGGGGCGGCGGCGGCGGCGGCGGCGGCGGCAACUCCACCGCGGCGGCGGCGGGCGGCAACCAGAAGAACAGCCCGGAUCGCGUCAAGCGGCCCAUGAACGCCUUCAUGGUGUGGUCCCGCGGGCAGCGGCGCAAGAUGGCCCAGGAGAACCCCAAGAUGCACAACUCGGAGAUCAGCAAGCGCCUGGGCGCCGAGUGGAAACUUUUGUCGGAGACGGAGAAGCGGCCGUUCAUCGACGAGGCCAAGCGGCUGCGAGCGCUACACAUGAAGGAGCACCCGGAUUAUAAAUACCGGCCCCGGCGGAAAACCAAGACGCUCAUGAAGAAGGAUAAGUACACGCUGCCCGGCGGGCUGCUGGCCCCGGGCGGCAACAGCAUGGCGAGCGGGGUCGGGGUGGGCGCCGGCCUCGGCGCGGGCGUGAACCAGCGCAUGGACAGCUACGCGCACAUGAACGGCUGGAGCAACGGCAGCUACAGCAUGAUGCAGGACCAACUGGGCUACCCGCAGCACCCGGGCCUCAACGCACACGGCGCCGCGCAGAUGCAGCCCAUGCACCGCUACGACGUAAGCGCACUGCAGUACAACUCCAUGACCAGCUCGCAGACCUACAUGAACGGCUCGCCCACAUACAGCAUGUCCUACUCGCAGCAGGGCACCCCAGGCAUGGCGCUUGGCUCCAUGGGCUCGGUGGUCAAGUCCGAGGCCAGCUCCAGCCCCCCUGUGGUUACCUCUUCCUCCCACUCCAGGGCGCCCUGCCAGGCCGGGGACCUCCGGGACAUGAUCAGCAUGUACCUCCCCGGCGCCGAGGUGCCGGAGCCCGCCGCCCCCAGCAGACUUCACAUGUCCCAGCACUACCAGAGCGGCCCGGUGCCCGGCACGGCCAUUAACGGCACACUGCCCCUCUCGCACAUGUGAGGGCCGGACAGUGAACUAGAGGGGGGGGAGAGAUUUUCAAAGAAAAACGAGAGAAAUGGGGAGGAGAGUAAGGAACAGCAUGGAGAAAAACCCGGUACGCUCAAAAAAAAAAAAAAAAAAAAUCAUCACCCGCAGCAAAUGACAGCUGCAAAAGAGAACACCAAUCCCAUCCACACUCACGCAAAAACCGCGAUGCCGACGAGAAAACUUUUAUGAGAGAUCCUGGACUUCUUUUUGGGGGACUAUUUUUGUACAGAGAAAACCAGGGGGGGUGGGGCGGGCGAGGGAAUGGACCUUGUAUAGAUCUGGAGGAAAGAAAACUACGCAAAACUUUUUAAAAGUUCUAGUGAUACGGUAGGAGCUUUGCAGAAAGUUUGCAAAAGUCUUUACCAAUAAUAUUUAGAGCUAGUCUCCAAGCGACGAAAAAAAUGUUUUAAUAUUUGCAAGCAACUUUUGUACAGUAUUUAUGGAGAUAAACAUGGCAAUCAAAAUGUCCAUUGUUUAUAAGCUGAGAAUUUGCCAAUAUUUUUCAAGGAGAGGCUUCUUGCUGAAUUUUGAUUCUGCAGCUGAAAUUUAGGACAGUUGCAAACGUGGAAAGAAGAAAAAUAUUCAGAUUUGGACAUUUUAAUUGUUUAAAAAUUGUACAAAAGGAAAAAUUAGAAUAAGUACUGGCAAAACCAUCUCCGUGGUCUUCUUUAAAGGGGAAAAAGUUUUAGAUUGUACUAAAUUUUUUUUUUAACUUACUGUUAAAAGCAAAAAUGGCCAUACAGGUUGACUUCGUUGGUAAUUUAUAAUAGCUUUUGUUUUCCAACUUUCCAUUUUGUUCAGAUAAAAAAACCCAUGAAAUUACUGUGUUUGAAAUAUUUUCUUAUGGUUUGUAAUAUUUCUGUAAAUUUAUUGUGAUAUUUUAAGGUUCCCCCCCUCCUUUAUUUUCCGUAGUUGUAUUUUAAAGAUUCGGCUCUGUAUUAUUUGAAUCAGUCUGCCGAGAAUCCAUGUAUAUAUUUGAACUAAUACCAUCCUUAUAACAGGUACAUUUUCAACUUAAGUUUUUACUCCAUUAUGCACAGUUUGAGAUAAAUAAAUUUUUGAAAUAUGGACACUGAAA